AUGGCGGAUGGGUCGCCCGAGGACCGUGCCGGUCGGACUCGAAUCGAGGAUUUAACUUUUUCCGCGUCCGACCCGUCACUUGGUGACACAAAAAAGUGUAGUAGACAUACUUCGGAAGGCGUAAGAUUGAAGUUAUCGUUCUACACCGAACUGGAAGCGAGUGAAUCGAGUGAGGAAAGUGAGACGCGCGGCGUGGUUGCCGAUCGUUCCGCGGCGGCUGCAUCAGAUUUCCGAAAAACACCCGGUUCGAGCGCCGAUCGCGACGGUGACGAUAGGAAGAAGCGAUGCUUCGACCGCUACGACAGCUCCGAGUCUUCUGACAGUGGAGUGGCGGUGCUGAGUCCGACGGAAAGCGGCGGCUGCAGCGGUAGCGACAUCACUGAGCCGCGCUCGCCACGGAGCCCUGAGUCGGGCUGCAGCACGAGCGAGGAGAGCGCGGACGCGCGUAUGCCGCCUUGGGCGAGCGAUCCGGCGCCGCCGGGACAGAGUCCGCGCCUCGCGGCUCAACCCGCGCCUCUCCGCCGCCCCAACCCACCCAUUCAUCGCCGCAUUACCGAGUACUUUAAUCAUAAAAUGAAGCCGCAGAACGGUCUCAAGCGCGACUCCAAUACGGUCACUAACAACGGUGACAUAAAGAAGAAGUGCCUACCCAAAAACGGUGUCACCCAUGAUCUCGAAAAGUACAUCUCAUACUUAUCGCAAACACUGAGUCCGAAAGUCCUGCUUGAUGUCGGAAAGCAAACUGAGACGACGAGAAAACCAACAAGCCAAUUCACGCCGGUUAGCGCGAACGGUUCUAAAUCUGACUUACCAAAAACAACUCCACUAACUACUCAGUUGAAUGGAACGAAAGAAAGCGCUAAAGUUAAGGGCAACAAGGGGGCGCACACGAUGAAUGGGUUUAUGGAGAUCCGGCACGGGAUAGAAGCCUACAAUAAAGAAAAGAACAUGGGUUAUUUCAACGGUGUGAAUGACAAUAGGAAACGAAACUCAAAAUUGGCUCAAGGACCAUCAUCCAGUCAAACAGCAAACUUAAACAAAUCCAAGGUUCCAAUACCGGCGUCAAACGAAGUCGUCGGAAUGCGUAUCGCACCUGCAGUAAUCAGUCGGACACAAAAAAAACCAUCGCCUGUAAAACCAGACUCAACGAAAUUGAAUGGCAUUGUUAGCUCGACAACCAAGCUAGAUAGUAGAAUGAAUGGAGUCACGUGUGGUUCCAACAACUUAAAUCUAAUAAAUAAACCAACUUCAACUAAAAAGGAGUCGGUCAAAAAGAAUACGCAGCCAACUAAAAGAACAAACCGUAAAUCAUCAGCCUGUAUCGCAAAUAGUAAAAAUUUAACUUGGUCAAAAGCUAACAAUCUGAAACAGGUACAACUGCAGAAGCAAAAUUGUACAAAUCCAAUACAAAAUCAAAUACAAAAUCCACUGAUAAGUACACCUGGCGAAGCGAGUCCUGCACCAAAGAUGAAUAUGCCAAACGGUGUUCGUCAAGUCUCUAUGACUGUUAAUGGAAAUCUUGGAAAUAUCAAUGUACCUGUCGCUAAUUUGCAAAAUUGCCACCAGAUCAAUCUUUCACAGCCCUGUAACGGCACAGUAACAUCCAAUAAUUUACCUUCAUUUGUAGCUGUUCCCCCAAAUGUGAUGCUGACUACAUUGCGAAUACCUCAAAAUGGUUUACCAGCACAAAAUUUAAAUCAACAAGGUAAUAUAAACGCAUAUAACCGAUCAAAUGUCAACGUCUCCAGCCCAACGAAGUUGAAUGGUCAAUUUGUUUUUCCACUGAUGCAAAAUAUUAAUGGAACUGUAUUGCAAAUACCGAAUUUAAUGGCAAAAAUGCCAAAUUUCGUACUUCCUCAAACACCACAGAUUGGUUCACAGAGACAAGAUCAUCUACAAAACCAACAGGCUGCACAAUUUCUGUUUAAUGGAACCUUGCUAAAACUAGCGAAUACGGUGCACCCUACGUACACAUCCGCUAAUAAACCUGGCCCUGUCACUAGUCAUCCAAUACCAGUGAUGAACAAAAAUAUGCCAGGAUUGCAGGCUGUCGGAAUGACCGUUCAGCAAAAGCCUAAUUACACUGUAAACCUAAGUCAUCCUGUUUUAGUACCACAACCUGGAUUUAUCGUGACUUCUGUGCCAAAUAUAAACGUUAAGGAAACAUGGAGCUACACGAGCACUGGUUGCACACCAUCUUCGCAAAUAACAUGUUCAAACCCUAUUGUCCACCACCCUCCUCCUAUCGUUACGAACUUUACUAAUCAACUGCUACAUACGAGCAGUAUACCUAUAGCCCCAGUAAAGCCUCCGGACAACCCGAUUCAGGGCACGGAACCGCCUAGUAGUACUGUUAAGGAACCUGAAAUUGAUGAAGUGAACAAAUUUAAGUGUGAUAUUCCAUGGCUGUCUAAAACUGUUAAUAAUAAUAUUGUUCCAUUAGAUUCUAAUAAAUUCUUAUCGAGGCCUUUUGCACAAGUAAGUAGUUGUUCGGGAAAGCUUGAAGAAUUUAAAAUUGUAAACACGGAGAAGGAAAACAUAGAGAAUGAGAUACAAAAAGAUGAUUGUAAUGUAGAGAGUACAUGUGAAGAUAUGAGAAAAAUCGAAGAAGUUGCUAGAAGAGAGGAGACACUGUUUACACAAAUAACUGUUUUAAAGGAUGUUUCUUCGAAUGUUCAAAAUACUGUGAUAGAAGCAAAUUUUUGUAGUGCUACCACAGAGUCGUCAGAAUCUGGCAUAGGAACUGAUAAAUCUAUUGACUCACCGAGCGACUCGCAAGCUAGUAAGGAAUGUGACGAAGAUUCUUCGUUAUCUCUUAGUAUAAGUGUGAGCUCAGUAGAAACGCAGAGUAGUCAGAAAAGCCCAAUUUUAAAGCAGCCCAAAAUAUUGCGCUUUCCGCCGAGAAUUCUUACGAAGCCUAAAAAUGAUAGAAGGACUUCCAGCACAGAUACGACUGGUGUCACAAUCUGUUUAUGGGAAAAUUGUAAACGGGAGUUGGAGAGCGAUACGGACCUCUUGGAGCAUUUACAGAAUGUCCACGUGGAAUCUCAGGUGGGAAGGGAAAACUAUGUCUGCUUAUGGGAACAGUGCAAAGUGCGCGGCAAACCAUCGUGUUCAAGAUUAUGGCUGGAAAGGCACACGUUAUCGCACGGCGGGAACAAGCCCUUCAAAUGCAUCGUGGACAGCUGCAACAGAAGGUUUUCAACUCAGAUCCUGCUAGAAAGGCACGUCAAUAACCAUUUCAACGAGACGUCACCUAACACUGGCAACGGGAAGAAAACCACAGACAGUGCUGCCAAGUUAAUCCGACGGAAUGGCAAGAAGCUGCGGUACAGAAGACAACCUUGGUCUGCGCGCAUGUUCGACUUCUUCGACUCUGGCAUGAUGGAGGGGCUCUCGUGGCGGCUGUCGCGUUGCACCCGCUGGCGGCUGGGUGGCGGGUGUCCGCUGCGCGAGCCUGCGGGCCGCCACACGCUCACGCUGCACGCCGCCGUCUCUGCCACGCGUUACAACGCGGCGGAAGCGCGGCGCGAGGCGCUGCUCACCUACUACCCACCCGAUGUGAUCGAUGAUGAGUGGGUACCGGAGCACGAAGUGAGAAGAGUGAAGAGGGUGGAGAUAUGCAACCUUCCCGCUCACACGAAGGUGUUACUGUACGAGCAGUUCUGCAACUCGUAUCGCAAGACUCCCUCCCCACCGCCCACGAGGAAAGCGCCCGUCGUGACGUCACAGCCCGUCCGGCUAUUGCCAGCUCGACAGUGCGCAUCCUCAAGGCUCCUAAGCAAUUUAAUAGCGCAGCAGAAGAUAAAAGAAACGUACAGCUGCAACGCAACCAACAUGCCGAUGGAAUACAAGGAGGACGAUAGAAGCGAGAAGGUUGAAGUCAGCGGCGCGAAAAAGAGGAAGAUGGGAAGACGGUACGGCGGCAACUCGUUCUGGCCGUGCGGACGAUAAUUAAGAGGUUUUCUGGGCUGUGCUACACUAUCGUCGUGGUUUGUUGUGUAAUUUUAAUGUAUUAUACGCUGUGGAUUUCUUUCUUUUGUAAUUAUAGUUUCAGGGAAUGACCGUCUCUAUUUGACGGGGGUAUUUCGGAUUUUUGGAAAUUUGACGAAGUUGUGUCGACGGAUAUAUUGGUGGGCGCGGCAAAUUCACGACGCAUAAUGUAGUACCGUCCUAGACAGAUGUUGAUUCUCCGGCGGGUGCGUCCGUAGCGGAAUAAACAUUGAAAACAAGACUGAUUCUUACUUUUUAUAAAUUGAUAUUGAAUGGUACCUACCGCCUCGGGGUCGGUACCGGGCGAACAAACUUGUAUAUAUUUAGGCGCAAAUGUAAAAAGGUUAGGGUCGAAUGUCGGAAGGUUAGUGUCGGCGCGCGACGUGUACAUUAGGCGGUUUAGUUUAAUAUUCGACUUCGGGAUCACCGGAGGGUAGCGGACGGAUUAGUCUGAGUAGACGUAAGUUAGGUUUUAAGGAGAUGACGACCAGCGAUAAAGCAUCACUGCCAAUUGUAAAUAGUAUAGUCCUAUAUUAGUAUAGUUAGGAUGCGAUUUUAUUUCGGGCUUAGGUUUCCGCCUCGUACGGGGCGCGGUUCGCUUUCGCUUACGAGGGCCAGCGGGGGGUUUUGAUGUUGUUUGGUUAAGCGUGAUCGAGUAUCACCAAGUGCCUCUAUAUUGCACACCCGGGCUGUCCAUAAACUAUCACCUCAAGGAAUCGAGGACGUGAAGUUUAAGAUUUGAAGGAGUGACAUCUAACCGACACCCUGCCUGACGCGAUCUGUUGAUAUAAUUUAGAACGCCCGACUAGUACUUUUACAAUUACAGACGUAUGGCAUUGGGUUCUGGCCAGAGAUUGAUUGGUCGACAUCCGACUAUAUGAAUCGCUCAGCGAAGUCGUAUCACAAUGGGUUGUUGGUGAGGUGUUUCACGGCAUUCUGAGGUUUUAUUUAACACACUUGUUCCAUAGUGGAAGGCAAUGUAGGUAUAUCAACUAUUGAUCUUUGCUUUCUGAAUGGAUAAUGCGCACGUACAUGUUCUUUUAAUCAUUUAUAUCGAAAGAGAGAAUUGUGUGGCUGCAAAUCUUCCAUUAACCCUUACUAGGGGUAACUAUAAAUUUAUGAAUUAUAAGGGAAGAGUUCUGAUGGAAAUAAAUGGGACGUAUUUUAUGGACAGCCCUAUACCAUAGCAGUGUUCAAUUUAUAUCAGGUUUACCGCGUAGUCAUAUCAACGCAGAUAGUUUUAGAAUACAAUUUUAAUGUUGUAUACAUUAUGCUCCAUGUAUAUUCGAAGUGUUUUGACGGAAUCAACAACUGUCUGUUUUUGUCCAUCGAUGUUUUGUCGCAUCAUGCUUUGGUUAGUAUUAUAUGCGAAUAUAGAUACAUCCGAUAUAUAAUAUUAAUAGAUAUUAAACAUAAUUAAUUUAAAGUUACAGAAUGUUAUAAAAAAGGAGUUUUUUUGAGGCCACUAUUGACAUUUCACUUACUAACUUAACUUAAUAUUUACGUACGCACGCACAGCUAUGUUAAGUCGUGCGACUUAACAAAAGUUUUACAUUUGAGACACAUUCUUACUCAUCAUCAACGGAGUAACGCUGAUUUGCCAAAUUUGUAUGAAGGUUAAACUUAACAUAACAAUCGAUUAAUUUUGAUCGCGUUACACAAUGUACAGCUUUGGUACAGUUAGUGAAUCUAUGUCUAUCUAUGUCAAAAGUGACCUUUAAAAGGAGCUUUGCGAUGAAAUAUUAUAAUAUAAUCCUUAGAUACUGGCAAAUAUUAUAAUAUAAUCGUUAGUUUUGGCAAUCUAGCCAAGUGUGAUGCGGCAUGUAAAAUCACUGCCAUUUGAAGUUGUAUAUUUUAGGUGUAUUCGAACUUGCAUCGACAACUUAACUAUUAGCAAUAAACGAUUUGUGAUAAGAUACUUGAAUAGUUAAUCGUAAAUUGACAGAUAUUAAUUGACACGCUCAAGAUGUUUGUGGACGUGUUUUUUUUUGUAAUACAAUUCAAUGAAUACUCUACGGCUGUUUUGUAGGAUAGGGGAAUGAGAUUUAAGCCAUAAUUCAGAUUGGAAGGCAGCAUUUCCACUUGAGGUGUGUGAGGUAUCUGCGAGGAUGUUAAACUAUAUGACCGUUUCCAAAAAUGUAUGUAGCGAAUGAGAUGCGCGUAGUAGCUUACCGAAACUUUUCUCUUAAUUACGCAGUAUUUAAAAUAGUUACGCUGUACAGGACACAGCUCAUCCCAAGCUAAAGUGCUUAUUUAAAAAAAAUCUCUCGUAUGUACGUUAUGCUUCUUGGGAGUUCAUUACAAAUGUUUAUACGCCUUUAAAUCAAUUUUAUCUGAGCUAAACAAUAGA